AUGCCGUCUCGCUGCACGUUACACCACCACCGAACGCUGUUACGCAAAGGUAACUAUGCCCAGCGUGUUGGAGCUGGUGCCCCGGUCUAUCUCGCCGCUGUGCUCGAGUACCUAACUGCUGAGAUUCUUGAGUUGGCUGGUAAUGCCGCUCGUGACAACAAGAAGACUCGUAUCAUCCCCCGCCAUUUGCAGCUGGCUGUACGCAACGACGAAGAGCUGAACAAGCUUCUCGGUGGAGUCACUAUCGCACAGGGUGGUGUACUGCCAAAUAUUCAGGCUGUGCUGCUACCCAAGAAGACUGAGAAAUCUGUAAAGAAAAAACGACUUUAUCCAGGCGACUUGGGACAGAAUGAGGAAUAA